UAAUGUGAUUCCCUAUAAUCUUUUCAAAAAUUUAGAAGUAGGUGAACUUAAGACCACUAAGCUUAGCAUCACUUUAGCCGACCGUUCGGUCAUUAGCCCGAGAGGCAUUGUGGAGGACAUGUUGGUGCGAGUAGGAAAGUUUUGCUAUCCGACUGAUUUCUUGAUUCUCGACAUAAGUGAGGACUCAGAUAUGCAACUCAUACUCGGUCGUCCCUUCCUCGCCACUGCCAAGGCAUUAAUAGAUGUUAAUGAGGGGACCUUAAUUCUGAGGGAUGGUGAACAGAGAAUCACUCUUGAAACUGACCCUAAGGCUAGAAGUGAGGAAAUGAAGGAAUUGGUUUCAAAUGAUGUGAAUGUGAGUGGAGGAGAGCCUCUCAAGGCGAACCCCACUAUUACUUGUAUCGCUUGUGGUGAUGUUGAGCAGGAACUCAAGGAGGGUACAAUGCCCAAGGAAAAGAAAAAGAAUGCUUGGAGGCAAAAUAUGAAACAAGCUUUGGCCCGAAUGAAGGAGAAGGCCAAAGCUAAGUUGGCCGGCCAAGAGGGGCACCUAAUGGAGAAUAAGAUGGGAGGCUACAAGCCUCGCACCGAGAGCGUGGAGGAUCCACUCUCGGUGGCAUGACGUUCCAAGACGUGAUUGAUCCUCAACCGUCAAGCUAAUGACGAUAAAUUAGCGCUUGUUGGGAGGCAAACCAUUGGAGGUUUGUUUUCUUUUCCUUAUUUUCGUUUUUUUGUCAAGUGAAAAGUUCAAGUGGUCAAGUGGUAUCCACGUGCCAAGUUUUGUGGUUUUGCGAUUUAAGGUUGUGUUGUGAUCGUUAGGAGGCACGGUGGAAUAGGUCGAUUCAAAAUUUUCUCAGAAGUUCCCUGUUUUCACUCGAGUUCACGGACGUACUUGAGUGUUCACGGUCUUACAAGACCGUGAACAAGUAAACGUGUCCGUGAACCAGGCACCUUUGCAUGUGAACCACCUGUCGACCAACCCCAGUUCACGGACGGACUUGAGUGUUCACGGUCUAUAAGACCGUGAACAAUCCAACCCGUCCGUGAAUGCCUUGUUUUGCCUAUAAAAGGGGCGUGAACGGCGACACUUCACUUCACGACCCAAUUCUCACUGGAAAAAUUCGACUUCACGCCGGAAAAUCGCAAAAAUCAGACGGUUUUUCAAAUUAUCACCCAUUUCAGGCGAGCAAAACCCAAAACCAAUUGCAUACCCAUUAUCCCCAAAUCAAAACCGGCAUGUGCUGCAAUUUUGGGGAGAUCUGGGGCAAGUUUUAUCCGGCAAGGUCGCCGACGGCGAGUCUUCGACGAGCUUUCGACGAAGCUCCGAUGACCACUCUCCAGUCUGUUUUUCAGCCAUUUGCACACAUUUUAUCCCUGUUUCCCUUAGGCGUUUGUAGUAUUUGGACUCCUAAAAGGGUGGGUUUACGCUAGGUUUUGUGUGUUUUAGUGAGUUUCAUGAUCCAACAGGUGAAACUAGCCCCGGAGUCGAAAGUUGGAUGAAAAAAGGCGAAGACCGGGCAAAGAGGGUGAUCCAGGCAGAGUUCACGGGUUAGCAUUGGAGUUCACGGUCCACUAAGGUCGUGAACUGAGGCCCAAAACCGUGAACUGCGAAGCGUCCAUGGAGAAAUCCGCAGUUACUACCGCUAGACGAGUUCACGAUCAACAAGACCGUGAAGAUUGAGGCCAAACUGUGAACUCCUGAUAGCGAAGCGAUGCGUUUCGACAUCGCACUCUGUGUUCACGGACGUGUUGAAGAGUUCACGGCCGAUCCUGGUAAAUAAUGUGAGCUGAAAGGAAGAGAGCAGGGGUAGCCCAAGUGUGAGAAAGUGUCUUCUUCUUUAGAUUUUAGAGAGAGUAAGGACGAACCAAGUAAGAAGGAAGGCUAGGGUUUGCUCCAAGUGGUGAAUUGGGAAGGAUCUCCCCAAGAGAAGAUCAACACAAGCUUAGAGGAGAUUGUAUACAUGUUCAUGAUGGUUUCUACCUCUUCCUCUUGUGUUCUUCCCCUUUCUAACAUGGAGUAGUACUCUUUUUCACUUGGGUGUUGUGAAACCCUAACUAUUUAACAUGUAGUUUUUGUUUGAAUUGAAUGAUUGUUUAUGGGUGUUGUUAAUUCAAUGAUUGAGGUAUUUUUCAUGUUGAUUGUGCAUGUUUGUGCUUAGCAAUCAAAUUGGCCAUUCUAA